AACGACAACACAGAAUUUCUGCCGAAAUGAGUAUAAUGUUACGGGAUUUUGCAGUAGACAAUCUUGUCCUUUGGCAAGUAGUAAAUAUGCAACAGUUCGUGAAAUCGAUGGUGUUCUUUACUUGUACACAAAAAUUCCUGAGAGGGCACAAAUGCCAUCACGACUAUGGCAACGAGUUAAAUUAUCAAAAAAUUAUGCCAAGGCAUUGGAGCAGAUAGAUAAAGAAUUGCUUUAUUGGCCAGAUUUUUUGAUUCACAAGUGCAAACAACGCGUAACCAAAAUUACGCAAUAUUUAAUAAGGAUGAGGAAAUUAAAGUUGAAAGAUAGACCAAAGCUCGUUGGGAUCAAAAAGAAAAUAGAAAGGCGAGAGACCACCAAAGAAAGGAAAGCUGAAGCAGCGGCACGUUUAGAGAAGGCAAUUGAAAAGGAAUUGAUAAGUC